UAUAUCAAAGCACAAGUGAAUCCUAGAAAUUUGACUGAGAUCACAGAAACUAUCUUUGCAAAAUGAAGAGAGUGUUUGUAGCAAUUUCAGCUCUGCUAGUGGUAUUUGCAUGGACAACAACAGCUACAAAGCCAGCAGGAAAGGGCUACGAUUGUGAAGCAGCGAAAAGAUCAUUGAAACCAUGCACAGACUACCUCAGCGGUGGAUUUAGUGCCGGUGGUCCUCCAGCGGCGUGUUGCGAAGGUGUUAAAGAACUGAAAGCUUCAGCAACAACCAAAGAUGAACGACGUGCUGCAUGUAAAUGCAUUAAAGAAGCUGUAACUCACCUUCCUAACUUUGUCCAAGGUAGGGCCAUUUCACUUCCUCGAAUGUGUCGUCUUGAUUUGGGUUUUCCCAUAAGUAAGAACGCCGAUUGCAACAAGUUGACUCCUUGAGCUCGGGAAGAGCAAAAAUAGUAAGUGCAUUAGAAGGAUGAAUGCAUAUGCAUGCAUGGAGUGGUUGUCUUGAAAAAAUAAAAGAACAUAGCUUGUCGAUGAUGUGAAACAAACAUUUGAUUUGCAAAAUUAAUGAAUAUUGUGUGUGCUUUUUUA